AUGAGCCACGAACUCACACUCAUCGUCGCGGCGACGCGCAACAUGGGCAUCGGAGCCAAGGGGGGCCUCCCCUGGACGGGUUUGAAAAAGGAGAUGGCCUACUUUGCGCGCGUGACCAAGAGGCUUCCAGCUCAGGCCCCCUCCGGCGCAAAGAAUGCAGUGAUCAUGGGCCGUAAAACAUGGGACAGCAUCCCCCCGCGCUUCCGCCCUCUCAAGGGCCGCCUCAACAUUGUCAUCUCCCGCUCCCACCCUCCCUUCGACUCCUCCGCCGCGACCCCGGCGGACUACGACAAGGAGCCCGUCAAGGUCGGCUCGCUCGAGCAGGCCCUCGCCUUCGUGCGCAGCCGGCCCGGUGAAGAGGUCAGCAGCAAGGUCUUCGUCAUCGGGGGCGCGCAGAUCUACGGCGCCGCGCUGGAGCUGCCCGAGGCGAAGCGGGUGCUUCUAACGAGGGUGCUGGGCGACUUUGAGUGCGAUGCGUUCUUCCCGCUUAAGCUUGGCGGCGAGGACGCGGCGGAGGGGUGGAAGAGGAGGGAGAAGCGGGAGCUGGACGGGUGGGUUGGCGAGGAGGUUGAGGGGGGCGAGAUUGAGGAGAACGGCACGCGGUAUGAGUUCCAGAUGUGGGAGAAGGCAUAA